CUCAGCCUGAGUUAGAUGAACUUCGACGCCAACUGGACUACCUGCUCAAGAAAAGGUUCCGUCCGCCCCAGCACAUCACCAUUUGCAACUCCGAUCCUGUUCACCCCGAAGAAAGAUGGCGGUCUGCGUAUAUGUAUCGACUACCGUUCCCUGAAUCGGGUUACCAUCAAGUCUCGCUACCCCAUUCCACGUGCAGACGACCUCAUCGACCAACUUUGCGGGGCCAUAGUUUUCUCGAAGAUUGACCUGCGAGGCGGUUACCACCAACUUCGCGUGCACGAAGCUGACUGCUACAAGAUGGCGUUUCGAACCCAGUAUGGGAGUUACGAGUACACGGUCAUGCCCUUCGGCUUAACAAACGCGCCUUCGACAUUCCAGUUGACCAUGAACGAGGUUUUUCGGCCACUGCUGGAUAAGUGCAUCAUCGUGUACCUCGACGACAUUCUCGUCUACAUCACAACCCGGGAGCAGCAUUUAAAGGAUUUGGAGGCAAAUGGCCCAUUUUGCCAUCUGCAAGAUGACAAUAACUGCCGAACAGACAGCGAAACUGGCAUCCCAUCGGCAAUCAUCAGCGAUCGUGUCCCACGGUUCACGUCCAACUUUUGGACAAAAACCUGGCAGCAGUACAGCACACGUCUGCAUCUAUCCACGGCGUACCACCCGCAUUCGGACGGUCAGACUGAGCGUACCAACCAGACGAUGGAGCAGCAGAUUCACACAACAUGCACAGACCCGGCCCAAAGGGAAGACGCCCUUCCCUUGAUCGAGUUUGCGUACAACAAUGCCCCAUCGGCCACGACUACUCAGUCCCCGUUCAUCGAAAAUCUCCGACAAUCUCAGCAAAAAGUUGUUGAUGCCAUCCUAAAAGCCAGCCAAAGGGCUAAGCAGCAAGCUGACCGACGACGCCGAGACUUAACACUUUCUUGUUAAAUUAUAUAUUUGAUAUACAUAAUGGUA